UUAAAACUGGAAUUAUGAACGUUGGGGUAAACUUAUGUAAACCCAGCAAAGAGACAGCAGCCCAAGCAAGUUACUAAUAUGGGAUUAUUCACAAAAUUCUUCAUAGCGACUAUAUGUGUUGCUUACAUAGCUGUCAAGUGGACAACUCCCAGGUUUGAUCCAGAAUCUCUCAAAGGUGCCAGAGUACUGGUGACAGGGGCCAGUACAGGCAUUGGUGAGCAGAUGGCAUAUCAUUAUGCCCGUUUUGGAGCCAAGAUUGUCAUUACAGCAAGGAGGGAGAAAGUGUUGCAGCAGGUGGCAGAGAAGUGCCUGACUCUGGGAGCCCAGAAAGCUCUUUAUGUAGCAGCAGACAUGGCCAGCGAUUCUGACCCCGAAAAAGUGGUAGAGUUUGCUGUGGAGAAGCUCGGAGGCUUGGAUUACCUGGUUCUAAACCACAUUGGUCCUAGUCCCUUCAGCAUGUGGGAGGGGGAUGUAGAGCACACCAGGUGGCUAAUGAAGGUCAAUUUCUUCAGUUAUAUUCAGAUGGCUUGGAAAGCUUUGCCCUCGCUUGAGCAAAGUAAAGGAUCUCUGGUGGUUGUUUCAUCACUUUUAGGUAAGGUGUCCGGUCCCUUUGCGGUGCCAUACAGCUCAACCAAAUUUGCCUUGAAUGGAUUCUUUGGGUCACUGUGGCAUGAGCUGGCUAUGAAGAAGAGCAAUGUGUCCAUCUCUAUAUGCACUCUGGGGCUCAUUGAUACUGAAUCAGCAAUGGAGAAAGUCAAGGGAGUCACUAAUGUACCAGCCUACCCUGCUACAGAAGCAGCACUGAACAUCAUCAUCACAGGAGCAACAAGACAGCUGAAUCUUUACUACCCUUGGUUCACAUAUUUGAUUGAUAUCGUCAAAGAUUGGAGUCCUUCUAUUACAAGCUAUGCAAUCCAGAACUCAUACAACUACAAUCCAUGAGGAACAUGUGGACGUGUUUAAAGUUUACCACAGAAAUUAUGACGCGUUCAU